GCGCCGCCGGCAAACGUCCGGAGCCCCCAACUCCAGCCUUGCUGCCCCAUCCGGCGGGCGGACGGCGCUGGAGGCAGGGGCGGACCCUGAGCCCCUCAACUUUUGCUGGACUCAGGGCAUCGACAGCGGCCUCUGGGCGCCCGGGGCUCGGCCGGGGUGGAGUAGCUGGACCAGGGGAAGAGGGCUUCCAGGAGACAAAGGCUUUGGCCGGGGCCGUGGGCGUGGGCCGGUGCCUCUGGGGUCUUUGUGCAGACACGUGCAUCGCGAGUUUGCGGGUCUUUGUGGAUUUCGGUCCGAGGACUUGCAUCUGCCUGCGCCUUUGUGUGUCCGUGACUUUGCGUGUCCAUUUCGCGCCUGUGUCCAUGUUUUGUGGGCCCGUGCUUGGUUGUUGGUGGGCGUAUCGUUAUGUGUCCGCGUACGUGGUCUGUCCCUGUCGACGUGUCUGGGUUGGGUGUCCGGGGAGUGUGUGCGCGCCGAGAGCCAGACACCGCCCCAACUCCUCGCUCCCUUGUCCACCGGCCCCCGACUUGGCUUCAAACUUUUCUCCCGGUUCCUUGGGAAAACCCUCGUCUUCCCCGCUGCAGCCCGGGCGGGGGGCGCUGGCAGUCCGCCCCUUUUCCACCUCGUGAGGUCCUUAACCCUGCGAGGGGUGGGAUAGAAUUGGUGGGGGGUUGGGGGAUCGGCAGCGCCUGGGGACUGGCCCCGGCCAAAGUUGGGCGGAGCGUGUCGGAUACCCUAGCUGAACCAGCUAGGACAGAGUCCCCACCAUGCCGUGGCCCCUGCUGCUAUUGCUGGCUGUGAGCGUUGCCCAGACGACCCGGCCGUGCUUCCCCGGGUGCCAGUGUGAAGUGGAGACCUUCGGCCUCUUUGACAGCUUCAGCCUGACACGAGUGGACUGCAGCGGCCUGGGCCCCCACAUCAUGCCCGUGCCCAUCCCUCUGGACACAGCCCACCUGGACUUGUCCUCCAACCAGCUGGAGAUGGUGAACGAGUCAGUGCUGGCAGGGCCGGGCUACACCACGCUGACUGGCCUGGAUCUCAGUCACAAUCUGCUCACCAGCAUCUCACCCACCGCCUUCUCCCGCCUUCGCUACCUGGAGUCUCUCGACCUCAGCCACAAUGGCCUGGCAGCCCUGCCAGCCAAGGGCUUCACCAGCUCACCCCUGAAUGACGUGAACCUUAGCCACAACCGGCUCCACGUGGUCUCGGUGUCUGCCUUCACUACCCACAGCCAGGGCAGGGCGCUGCACGUGGACCUCUCCCACAACCUCAUCCACCGCCUCAUGCCACACCCCGUGCUGGCCAGCCUGCCCACACCCCCCAUUCAGAGCCUGAACCUGGCCUGGAACCAGUUGUGCACCGUACCGGACCUCCAGGACUUACCCCUGCGCUAUCUGAACCUGGAUGGAAACCCGCUGGCUGCCAUCAGCCCAGGUGCCUUCAGGGGGCUGCCAGGACUUACACACCUAUCGCUGGGCAGUCUGCAGAGCCUCCCCAAACUGGCACCCUAUGGCUUCCAUGAGCUGCAGAGCCUGCAGGUCUUGGACUUGUCAGGCAACCCCAAACUCCAGUGGGCAGGGGCCGAGGUGUUCUCGGGCCUGGGCUCUCUGCAGGAGCUGGACCUGUCAGGCACAGGCCUGAUGCCCCUGCCUGAGAUACUGCUCUUCCACCUCCCAGCGCUGCAGAGUAUGAGCGUGGGCCAGGGUGUGUUGUGCCGGCGUCUGGUGCGGGAGGGUGCUUACCCCCGCCAGCCUGGCUCCAGCCCCAAGGUGGCCCUGCACUGUGCAGACACGCGGGAAUCGGCUGUCAAGGGCCCCAACACUUUGUGACGAAUGAUGUAGCCUGGGGCCACAUAACAGACUGCUGCCCUGGGCUUACUCAGGUCUUGGGUAAUUUAUAUUUUGGUGUGCCAGUGCCAGUGGGGACUGUUCAGGCCUAUGUGGUAGCAGCAUCAGGAGAGAUCCAAGGGCCUGAGAAGAGGCUUUGGACCUGUGACCAACACCCAGGAGCAGAGUCUUGCCCCUUUGUCUAGGUUGCCCCCUCCAACCAUAAGCAGAGGGUCUUUGAUGCCAAAUUAGACAGCAGUCCUCUGCUGUCCUUCCCCACUUGUUCCCAAAGUGCCUUUCCUCGGGCCUGGGCCAACCUGGCCUGCGACAGGAGGAAGGUGGAGGGAGAUUCGCUGCCAGGCAGAGGUCAGGUCCACGGCUGAGUGUCCCCUUGGGCCACGGCCUAGUCACUCAGGGGCGUGGGUUUCUUUUACAAGGUGGUCCCUUCUUUGCUCUGGGCACAUGAGGCCCACUGCAUCUUCUUCUCUUCCCCUAGAACCCUGGGUAAAACUUUAGUUAUAGAAGGGACUGGAGAAAAAAUCAAGUGUAUCUGCUCAUGUGACAGUGGGGGAAACAGGCCUAGAGAAGGAAAAUUGCUAAUCUGAGGUACUACUGGGGACAUGACUGGCCCCCAGGGUCCUCCUAGCUGGGUCCCUUUGCACUUUCCUGUCUUCUGUAAAUCAUGCCGUCCUCUCCCCUUCCUGGGCUCUCCCAUCCUGCCAUUUGUGCCCUUCCCCUGUUACCCCCCAGGAGGACAGGCAGGGGCCACAAAGGCGGGAUGCUGGACCAGUAAUAGCUGUAUAGCAUGGGCUUGAAUGAGUUGACCUUGGAGCCUCUGGAAGCUUCAGGAAUGCCAGUUCCAGCCCUGCUAGUUUCCCAUUUGGGGUGGGGUCCCCCAGCAUCCAGACUGGAAAUGUGCCCAUUGAGCCCUGAGGUACUGCCUCUAGAUGCUCCCCAAGAAGAUAAGGCAUUUCUGCAACCCCAUCUGGCCGUGAGCUCCAAGAGGCCUCCUGGAUUCAACCCCCACAAGCCUUGAGUCCAACAACCCUCCUCACCCUGCUGAGAAUGCACAGAGGGAGGCAGGGUAGCCCCCACCCAUCUUUAUGCUCCACCACAGGGGUGACAUCUCAGCUUCCCAGCCCUGGGCUCUUUCCUUAGUAUUAGUUUUAUAAAAGUUGUUGCCUUUGUAAUGGACUGUCACUUUCAACCACCCCCUCACCCCUGCUGGCAGGGGAUUGAAAUGUGUCAUUUGUAAAAGAAGAAAAACUGUGCAUUUGUUCACUUUUAUAAUAUUGUGUCCCAGAAAUGUGUUGAGGGAGGAGGUGUUGGGUGGAAGCCAGCCAUAUGUGGCCAUGUGGGCAUCAGAGGCUUGUCCCAAAGAGACGCCCACAGGACAGUGAGAGCUCUGUCCUCCCCCGCGAGCCCCACCCAACACCUAAUUGGUCCUUGGUUUAAUAAACACUAUACAAAGAG